AUGUCUCCAGCAGUCACAAUUCCUGGAGUUCGGACAGAGUUUGUCUACAGAAAGCCACCGCCAACGCCGGAGUUCCUCGACACGCCAAUCAAUCUCUACUCCGAUGCAGACAACUACAGAGACAAGCGUGAAGUAUUUGUUCGCGAUAUCCGCCCUGAUAUGUUUCAGUUUAAGACAGAGAAUGAUGGUCUAGAAUUUCUGAAGCAUGAAGUUGAUAUCAAAGACUGGUCCAACGAGGAUGAGAUUCGAGAGGUGAUGCUGAGAGAAACGGAAGAGUUACUCAAGAGACAUUUCAACUCCAAGAGAGUAUUCACGACUGUUCAGCGAAUUCGACACUCCGAUUCAAGUGGAGUCAGGAAAGAUACCACACCAGUCUACUCUAUCCAUGCCGACUUGACCGUCCGCAGUGGCUUGGAACUCUUAGAAAACACCGCAGCCAACAUGGAACCUCUGCCGAAAUCUCUGCCUCCUAAGGGCCGAGUUCUUCUGGUCAACGUAUGGAGGCCUCUGAAGGCCAUCAAGCGUGACCCGAUUGCCUUUCUAGUGCCUAGAAGCAUCAAACUCGAAGAACGACAUGCACAAAUCUUCUCACAGCCUGAGGGGAAGUUCAAGGUCUUUGGGAGAGAUGCCCAAGACUUCUGGCUGGAUACUGCCUCCUACAGCAAGGAUCAGGAUUGGGUGUUCCUGGAUCAUCAGCAGCCAGAUGAGCCUGUCUUGUUCCUUCAAUGGGAUAGUGCCGGAUUAGAGAAGUUCGAGUCAAAGAUGGCUGUGUUUCAUAGUUCUUUCGAGGAUUCGCGGUAUAUCAACGACACGGAGAGAGCAAGUAUUGAGAUGAAAUGUCUCGUUUUCUUGAACGAGUGA